CCUGCCCGCAAGGAGCGGAGCGGGACACGGAGACUCACCGGCCGGCAAAGUUGGCGGGGACCCUCCUCGCGGCGCGGGCUUCGGGGCGCCCGCUGAAGGAUGGCCGCGGCCGGCUUUCGCUGCCCCCGUGGGGCUCAGGCUGGGCGGAGCGGGCGCCGAACAGCCCCCAGCACCUCGGAAAGAUGUUUUUGUCACGAAGAACCCACUUCUGACAAUGGGACUGAUCACAAUUACUAGAAAUUGUUUUGCUCUGAAGAACUGGCAGCUUAUUAAGAUGUCUCCUACCUUUGGUCUAAAAGUAAUCAUCUGAAAUAGUCCAAUUUUUAAAUAAUGACGGUGCCCUUGAAGCUAUCAGUCUCUUCUGUUAUGCAGCCUACGAGUUCCAUAGACAAAUGAUUACAGAAUAAGCAGUGCAAUAAGCUUUUCUACAUUGAGACUCUAUUUUCUAUUAUUGUUAACAGUCAAGAAGCAGUUUGCCAACCGACUGAAGACCACAAGAAUCUAGUGCUGAUUUGUAUUGUAAUGGAGGGAUACUUCUGUAAAGUAGCUAGAAGAUCUGGGAGUAGAACAUUUACUAUUUCUGUACUCUCCAGCCUACUAUAAUGUCAAAAAUGAGUACCAACUGGACAGCCAACCUGAGCUUUGGAGCAUCUACAGAUCCUCAUGAGCCAAGAACUGGACUCUCUAGAACAGGGCACACCGUAGUGGCUGUUUUCCUUGGAUUUAUCUUGGUAUUUGGCUUCUUGAAUAACUUUAUUGUUCUCAUACUCUUCUGCAAGUUUAAAACCCUGCGCAACCCUGUGAACAUGCUACUGCUGAACAUCAGUGCCAGUGACAUGUUAGUGUGCAUCUCUGGCACCACACUCAGUUUUGCAUCCAACAUCCACGGCAGAUGGAUUGGAGGAGAGUAUGGUUGCAUGUGGUAUGGCUUUGUCAAUUCCUGCUUUGGUAUUGUGUCCCUGAUCUCCUUGGCUAUCCUGUCUUACGAACGCUAUAGCACCAUCACCCUAUGUAACAAACGAGGCUCUGACUAUCAGAAGGCUCUGCUAGCAGUUGGUGGUUCCUGGCUUUAUUCUCUGAUCUGGACAGUACCACCGCUCAUUGGCUGGAGCAGUUAUGGGAUUGAGGGGGCCGGCACAAGCUGUUCAGUACGUUGGACCUCCAAAACAGCUGAGUCUGUGUCCUAUAUCAUCUGUCUCUUCAUAUUCUGCUUGGUCAUCCCUGUAAUGGUCAUGAUAUACUGCUAUGGGCGUCUCCUUUAUGCUGUUAAACAGGUUGGAAAAAUCCGGAAGAAUGCUGCCCGUAAAAGGGAAUACCAUGUUCUCUUCAUGGUGAUUACUACAAUAAUCUGUUAUCUAAUAUGCUGGAUGCCUUAUGGAGUUAUAGCAUUGCUUGCAACAUUUGGUAGUCCAGGUGCAGUUUCUCCAGUAGCAUAUGUCAUACCUUCCAUCCUGGCAAAGAGCAGUACCGUAUUCAAUCCAAUUAUCUACAUACUUAUGAACAAGCAGUUUUACAAAUGCUUUCUUCUACUUUUCCACUGCUACCCUCCUUCGGCUGCUGAUGGAGAAUCCAUAUGUCAGUCUAAGGUAACCGUAAUCCAGCUGAAUCAGAAAGUGGACAGUGGAGUCACAUGUAAUAAUCAAAUACUUCCUGAAAUGGAUGAAAGAGUGCCCAGUCUGCUGAGCCCAGAGUCAAGCUUGGAGCCAGCUUCAGAAGACACACCACAGAUGUUAAAGGAGAAUUCUCUCUGAUGACUAGGCACCCACCAUAACUAGUGUACGCUGUUGUAUUGCCACACUACCCAGUUUACUUUAACAUUCCUAAAGGAAAUUGGUAUUUGUGGAAUAGGGAAAAAAAAUAUGACAAGAACAAAAAUAGGCUUCUGUUACUAUUUCUUAAUAGCACCUAAGACUGAAAGUCACUGAAGGAAUGGUUUGAUAUGGCAGUUUUAAAACAAUACAGGUGACCUUCCAGAUAUAAGUUAAUUAUUUAAUAGAGAACUGAAAAGCAGUGAAGGUUUAAAUCUUUAUAAACUGAUGAGCAAUGUCUCCAAGAGUCGAUCUAUAUUAAGGACAUAUGUGUCAUCUAGUUUAUCCCUUUGCCAGUAGAUUUUUCCCUACUAGUAUUUUGGUCUCCUAUACUUAUAAAAGUGAGUGAAGAUUCCACCCCUUCCCUUAGGACGAAGCCUAAAAAACUCCAAGAUUUUCCUGAUAGUCACCCUAUUUUCCCUUUCUUAAUUUCAUUCAACUACUCCUAGUUAAACCCCUUUAGCCUAUAACAUUAAUCUCCAUCCUUAGCAUUUACAACAAUCCCACAUUUGCAUGUGGCUAUUUAUUGGUAUUCUGCACCCUGCCUGGCUAAUACCUAUUUAUUUCCAGGUGCAGUUCAAACUUUUUAAGUGGUUGAUGACCCAGGUAUCAGACAAUGUCUUUCUUUCAAUGCUUAUUGCAACUAUUAGUCUGGUAGGGCAUGCUGUCUGUCUGUUCCUGGGGGAACAGCAGCCAGACAUUUACUGCAGGGCCUAAAGUAGAUGGGGGGGGAGGGAAGAGGGAAAGUGCUCCCUGCACCAGCCAAGGAACAAGGGAGGUGUGGGAAGUGCUGAUGGUUAAAAGCCGCCUCCUCCCCCACCCAUGGCUUGGAUGAAGGAGUGGGAGGCACACUUUGCCCUUCUUCCACUUUUCCUACUGUUUAUGUUCCAGAUACCUUUCCCCUCAUCUACCAGAGCCUGAAUAUUGUAAGAUUUACAUGAGCAGUGAUGAAAUAUUUUACUGAAUUCACAUCUACUAAUUUAAUUCUGUCCCAAACUGGAAUCAGUGUAUCAAGUUUGCAUUGAUUUAUUUAUGCAAACUUAUGCUACUUACUGCUCACAUAGUUAUUGUCAUUACCCUUUAUCGGCCAAAUUUGCAAAAUGUGAUCUAUAUAUAAACACUAUCACUUGUGCAAGCAAAUAAUCAAAUUUACACAUGCAAACACAAUUUCUUGCAUACAUCAAGCGCAUGUCUGUUCUGCAUGUGAUAAAUAUCUCAUUUGUGCACACAAAUGGUAGGGCACGAAAAAUCAGUUGUGUAAAUGACUGCUUGCAAAAUUGCAUGCACUCAAAUACGGGGUGGGUCAAGAUACCUUUUGGAAGCCUGAGUUGAUAUUUAAAGCAUUUCCUCAAUGCUUAUUCCACUAUUAAGACAUUUUAGAAAGAAUUCCACCACUUUUCUAGUGUCCUUCUGGCUCCAAUAGCAGUUGAUUUAAAGACUAGAAGAGAACAAUACUGUGAUUCAUUCUGGUGAACAUACAUGCAAGUAAAGACAAAGCUUAACAGAAGGGACAAAUAUUAGUUGUUUUUAAAAUUUAAACAGAGUCUUUAAAAACGUGUUGCAAAGAACAAUAAAAACUACAAUAAAGUAAUCAGUGAUGUUCUUUUAAUUGGGUAGUGUCUGGUACAGAGUACUUUACGGUUCAAUGCAUCUCACCAACCUUAUUUAGAGAGAAGAUUAAGUCACUGGAGAGUGCAUACAGGCAAGGGAAAUAUACUAUAUGACUGAAUAGCUCUUUUCCAUCUGUAACUUCCGAUUCCAUUAACAAAACUGACAGCAUAAACCCUGCCAAGAAAUCCUAAUAAUCCAGUAAAACAACUUUUAAAGCUAGCAAUAAAAACUAUAAAACAAAUAAAAUUCUAAAUUAGAGAUGACACUCCAUUCUUUCCUCACACAGCUGUAAAAAAGGGCACAAACAGGAAAGUUAACCUCUUCAUUCUGCAUGAGCAUGACUAGACAUUCUAGGUUUAUUUAAAAGCUUUUAGACCCUUUAUUUUUUUUAAUUUUAUAUUUAUAACAGUUCACCAUUUGAAGAACAAACCCUACUGUCUGGUAGAUAACCUAGGACUAAGUUUAGAAAAGCAUUAAACAGAAGGAAAAUAGUAGGAAUCUAAAACAAAUAAUAGAAAUUAGAAAUGCAAAGAACUAGGACAUUUAGACCCGCCCCAUGCCAAUAUCAAUAUUUUUUCCCUACAGUGCAUUUUCUAAUGCUCUGUACUUUCUGCUCUUUAAAAGUUCCUAGCAACAGGGCUACCAACAUUUAUCUGGGGAGAGCAUUCCACAGCCUAGUAAAGCUCACAGUCAAGCCUCUCUUUCUUAAUUUCCUUAAUUCUCUUAUAUCCUUUUGCACCAUUCUAUUCAUUUCCAUGGGAAGUUUAUGUCAUCGGCCCCAGCUAUUUAGUUGUUGCUGUGCCAAGCUACAUUUAUUUUAAUUUUUCCUCACAAUUCAAUUUCUUCAUCCCCCGAGCAUGUUGAGUGGUCUUCUCAAGCCCCCUUGAAAUUGUCAGUAGUUUGGCAUUGAGGUACCCAGAAAUGAACCCUGUAUUUCAGAUGAGCAAUAACUUAACAAUAAAGGCCUACUCCUCUAUGUACUAGUUCUAAGGAAAUUGGGGAAGCUCUAUCAGUUGAUUCAUUUAAAAAUUAGGCCAGACAGAUUGCUCAAGAAUAUACCGUGGGGAUCCAUCCAGAAUCAACAAGUGGGCAGAAAAAACGAUUUAUAGGCCUUUUCCGGUUCUGAUGUCUAUAAUAAACUAUUUUUGAGCUCUCAGAGCUUAAACAUAACAUCUAUUUUUACACAGAAAAAUUUUACCUGACCUUAAAUGUGGCAAGAAUAACUGGUGAGGCUACAGUAUUACCAUACAUGCAAAAAGGGAACUGAAAAGAUUUCCCUAUAAGCCAAACCUAGUCUUUGCUAAUGCCCUACCUCUUUUUUUAUGGUCCAAAAACCAUAUUUAGAUUAUAACAGCUGUAAAAUAGGAAAUUUAAAAAACAAUUUUUCCUCACAUACAGAAAAAUCUAGAAAAGUUGCUGUAUAGACUACAGUUCAGGAGUGUGACUUAUUAGUAUUCUGUAGAUAAGUUACUGUGGGGAAAAAUAUGAUUAGCACUAAAAAAAAUAUUAAUUUGAAAAGAGUUUUAAAAAUAUAUAUUAUUCAAAUGAAAUUAUCAGGUUAUCAAGCUUGCUUACCAGCUGUUUCUUUAUUAUAAUAUUACAGUUUUGGACACUAAUAAACAUUUAAAUAUUUCAAAAUGCUCAAUAGGAUAUAUUAGUUUACCUUCCUUUUAAUAGAAUAUAACUUUAGAAUGUUUAGAUAUGGCUUAAAUUGAGUCUAAAUAGCACAACUAAACUCUUGGGAUUUUGCAAUCUGUGCUGCUGAAAAUAUUUAAACAGAAUUAAAUGAAAAAUGUUAAGUUAUUUGCAUGGAUGGUUUAUACAAAUGAACCCAUAGAUUCUAAUCAAAAGGAGAAAAUGUGUUAAUUUGAUUUUGGUAAUUUUAAUAAUUCAAGAGGUUUUCAAUUUCCAACAUGCAUCUUUUACACAGUACAAUUGUGCUUUGUGGUUAGCAAAUUAAUUUUAAAAACAUUUUUCCUAGUUUGUAAAUAUAUAAAAUAUAAUUUAAUAUA